AUGAAGGACUUAGGAGACUUGAGUUACUUCUUGGGAAUGCAAUUCAUCACAUCUUCACAAGGCAUAUUUGUAUCUCAAAGAAAGUAUGCUCUAGAUAUUCUGAGGGAGUAUGGUGUUGACAAGCAGAAGCCACUCAAACUUCCCUUGGAUGCUCAUCUCAAACUUGAACCUCACAAAGGAACACCUCUUCCUAACCCUGAAUCCUAUAGGAGGCUCAUAGGUCAAUUGAUCUAUCUCACUAUCUCUAGACCUGACAUUGCAUUCUCUGUACAACUCCUCAGUCAAUUUAUGCAAGCUCCUACUUCUACUCAUAUGCAAGCAGCAAGAAGGGUCCUAAGAUAUCUCAAACUGGCUCCUGAACAAGGUAUCCUGCUUGCCAACAAUACUGCAGCUACUCUUACUGCUUACUGUGACUCUAAUUGGGCUUCAUGUCCAUACUCUAGAAGGUCUACCAUUGGGUAUUGUGUCCUUUUAGGCUCUUCUCCUAUUUCUUGGAAGAGCAAGAAACAGACCUAUGCUUUGUAA